AUGUCCGCUGUAGCAGUUAUGGCCUGCCUUGAGAACCCCUUCGAGGUGUCGGGUCUCCCCACUUGGGGUCUCGACAACAAGGAACCAACGGGCGACAAACACGACGGCGACGACGACGACGUUCCUGGCAGAACGGACUUAAGGGGUUCCGACAAGGUGAAAAGCGAAGAGAGGGCGCUCGUCGCUCCCGAGAAACUUGAGGCCGCCGCGGGCUCCAAUCCAAUGAACAAGUUGCUUCGGGUGUUUUUGCCCACAAAACCCUCGCCUUCGGGGCGCGCAAGUGAUUUAUACGUGCAGCUGUCCAGUCGUCAGAGUCUGAUGACAUGGCUUUCUGGUAAACACGAACUUGCGUUUUACAAGAGAAAGUACGGAACCGCCGUCCUGGCCAACACGCUCGUAAAGAUCAUCGAACACGGAGACGCUGCCGCUAGAAAGCGUGCUCACCGCCUAUUGAUGGUACUGCUGCGGGGCUGGUGGAAGAGAAGUAUACCCGCGCUCGAAGUUGCGAAGUCCCUCAACCUGUCGAGCGGCGAAUUAUCCGUCAAUCCAGGCAAACAACGCCAGAUAGAGGUGUUACGGGUCUAUGUCGAGCUCUUGAGCCUGAAGCAGAGGGAACAACGUACCGUCGAGGAGGUGCUGAAGGAGGUCAGCUCGCCCCAAUGGCUUUCGUUUAUGCGACGUGUAGUAAAAAAUGGCGACCCUCGCGCUCGCAACGGGGAGGGAACUCUGAUUCCGCCAGUGAUCCAGCUGUCCGCCGAUGACGUGUUUGAAAUACUGGGUAUUAAAAUGAUUGGAAAGCAGAUUUUCAGCCGCACCCAAGAACUGCAAAUUUUGGAGCAAUGUGUGCUUUUGUACCCGACGAUAGACAUACUGAGCUAUUUGAUCAAAUUGUGUGGGGGUGAAGCGACUCUUGCACAGCUUGCUUAUGAAGCGCAAGCUAAGAACAAGAACUCCAAGGCCGCUAAGUAUCUCGACCUGUUGCUAGACCGCUGGAAGGAAAGAGGAGUUGAUCCAGUCAAUCCGUUUAAGGAUAGAGUGCUCGCAAAGGGUCAUGUACCCAAAGCUACAGCGGACCUCAUUUCAGCACGUUACCGCAAGCUCCAUCCUUCGGACUAG